AAUAAUUUUAACUGAUGAAAGUUGUUGUACUAUCUCGCGCAAUAUGAAGCUCUCACACGCACGCCUCGCUAUCCUGUUCCUCGCUUUCCUGUUCAUAUCGAUAGCUUUGAUAAUGUUCACUGUUGUUGUAAGUCGGUAUCCGAAUUUCAACAGUGGAAUUGCUCCACGUACCGGGUCCAGGAAAGUUUUUGAACCAUGUUCCUUCCCACGUAAAGUUCUCUGUGAGAAGAAACCGGUGAAAAUUCCUACACCUUCUACGUAUCACACUCACACAGUUUCCGGAUCACCAACUCCGGAACCAGCUUGCACAAGGAAGCUCCUGUGCAAAACCACGGGCAGAACACCGUCUCCAGAACAAACUCUGCCGAAUUUGGGAAGAAAGAUACUCAGUCUUCGUCCUAGAGGCGACGGUCAGAUGAUGGAGAUAAUCCCUUUCCUCCGUCGUCAGUUCCGCAAGUAUAUGGUGAGUCUUGUGGCUCAACAGGAUCCUCCGACUCUGGAGGACCUCUCUCGCCGUGGAAGAUUUCAGUUUAUACCCGGGACCCUGCAGAUCAUGGGUAUGCUGUACCGACUCUUCCGCCUGUGGGAAGCUAACUCGGAGGCGACUAGCGACGAGAAGGGGAGAAGACACGUCAUGUAUCGACUGAUGUCAGAUAUGGCUUCCUUCGUUGCAGAACAAGUCAAAGGUGUUGUUGAAUACUUUUCAGACUUCCGAGUCGAUCCUCCGGAGGAACUUUCUCUGACCGUGCGACCAAAUCUUGUCCAUGAACUCUUGCAAGCAUCUCGGGGUAUGAUUUUCAGCACUGAUGGACCUCCCCGUGCUCUUCACUUUUAUUAUCACACUGCACUCAGCUUGAUAUCAACAAACUUGGAGGCAGGUGGUUUUGCGAGUCAACCUUUCCGGUGCGUAUACAUUGGAAUAUUUUCAUCAAUGUCGAUGGCGGAAAUUCCAGGUUCCUUGGGACCACAUCGGAAGAAUUUACUCGAAUGGAUUUCGUCUCCUGAAGGAUGUAUCAUCCACCCUUCUGGGUUCAUGAUGACUACCUAUGCGUGGUGGCUUGGUGAAUGCACACAUGGUGUUGGUGGUGGUGUUGUGACAGUCGUUCGCACUGCAGUACAAAUCACCCAGACCACCAACGUUGUAGUGAAGGAGGUGACCAUCCAAAAUGCUUCGCAAGAACUUUUGAUUUUUGAGACCUGUUUAAUAGUGCUCGUGAAAGAAUUGAAGGUGACAGCUCCAGAAGAUAGCCCCAAGACAGAUGAUAUAAGCUUGGCCAAUACUCAGAAGGCCACUGUCGAGUAUUCCGUUCUGUCGUUCACACUACUCGUGAAGUGUUACAACUUGGCCUCCGUAGAGUUCGAAUCUCCGAGUGCGACAGCUUGUGGUCAUGUGCGACUGAUUCUGGAGACCGUAGGAGCCAUUCUCCGAUUUCGUCCAGACUUGGAGAUACUAGGGACCGAGGUGUUCGAUCGUAUCGAAAACCAGGUUCAUGUCCGAAUUAUAGAAGAAUCUUGAUGAUGCUGAGAUGAGACAAGUUGCCCACCUUGGAGUCUAGGUAUGGUGCACUUUUUGCACUGGUAUUUACCGUUUGGGUCAGGGUCUAGUACUUGAAACCAACGUGAAAACUUCCCUAUAUUCUUGUGCCUCCUUAGACAAUGUUCUCUGCUUACCAAACCCCAGUCUUUCUUUCUGUUGGAUGAUCCUGGCAAAGGAUUAUGGACCCAUGUACAGGUGCAUCGAUGUUUUCAUUGUGUGCUCCUGCAGAAGUUGCUGCGGGGAUUCAGUCCCGCAUAGUUUUGUAAACAUUUGACAAUAAUAAAGCUUU